GUCUGGUGUCUGAAACACACACACAAGUUCAUUUUCAUAGCUUAACCUUCCACGGAUGGUUGGCACAUGAAUCCAUGCAGAAACAGAGACACACACUUCUAUAUAGGGCGUCUUACACACUCUCAUCGUUUCCAAGACUUUAACUUUGUGUGGAGGGCACAAAUACUAUGUAAUGCUUUAUUUUCACGCACAAGAGCACUCGAGGGUCUUCACACAGCUUUCAGGAUGAAUUCCACAGAAACACAAACCAACAUAUCCACGUCCAGCAGCCCUUUGACGACCACGUGCUCAGCGUCAGACGAUCCCCACCCAGACUACCACAAUGUCCUCCUGGCCAUCUACUCUGUGGUUCUGCUCAGCGGCACCAUCAGCCUGACCAUGAUGGUGUACUUCAUGAAGUCCAGCAACACGUCCAUCACCUCCAUCGCCGUUCUCAACCUCAUCUUCUCCCACUUCAUCUUCCUUGUCACGGUUCCUUUCAGGAUUUACUACUAUGCCACCGGAUGCUGGCAACUGGGCGAUGGGUGGUGUAAAGUGGUCAGCAGCAUGAUCCACAUCCACAUGUACAUGUCCUUUCUUUUCUAUGUGAUCAUCCUCAUAACGCGCCUGAUGGCGUUCUACCACAGAGCAGGGCAGGCCGCGUCCUUCCAGAUGAUUCAAGCACUGCUGAUCAGCGCCGGGGUGUGGGUAGUGGUGCUUGUCGCGGUUCCUUCCAUAAUUACAUUUUCCUAUGGCAAAGACAGGGACACCAACUCAACACAUUGCUUCAAGUUUGGGGAAAGCAUCAAAGCUGGCGCCAAAGUGAUCAACUACAUCAUAAGCACAUUGAUCAUUGUGGUCGCAACCGUGCUGACAGUCCUCCAAGCCAACGUCCUCAGGGUUUUAUACAGGAAACAUCACGACGGAUGCACCUCUCAGCAGGACUUUGGAGCUCAGGUGAAGAGCAUGUGCUUCGCCCUCGUUAUGGUGGUCUGCUUCAUCCCUUACCACAUCUUCCGGCUGCAUUACUUAGAGCAUGUAUCUGCUAUGCAGAGUGCAAAUGAGGUGUUUCUGAGUCUGACCACUUUUAACUGUUUGGACAUGCUCACCUUCUUGGGAAGGAGAAACUGUUACAUGUGCUUCCUGGGGAGGGAGGGUUGAAAACUGCUCUGGUGGGGAGGGGGGAACUGCUUACUAGCCUUUUUGGUGGUGUUGUCAAGAUCAAUUAUUAUGGAGGUCAAAAAAAGCUGCAAUGGAAGAUUUCCCCCCCCCCCCCCCCCAAAAAAAGCAGGGUUGUUUCGAAAAAAUAGAAAUACAGAAAGCAGUCACAGUGAAUUAUAACAACUGAGAACAAGCUGGAAAUGUUAAAAGCAUGAUGCAAAAAAAGCCAAGAGAACUGAACAGAAAAUAUGAUGAAAAUGAAGAGUUUGUCUUUUGUAUUUAUUUCCUUUUUGUGUGUGUGUGUGUGUGUGUGUGUGUGUGUGUGUGUGUGUGUGUGUGUGUGUGUGUGUGUGUGUGUGUUUUUCACUUGUUAUCAUUUGUGUUUGUAGGGUAUUUCUAAAUUUUUUCUAAGGUUUGUAGGGUAUUGUUUCUAAAAUUAUCUUUCUUCAGCGUGUUUUAUUUGCAGCCCUUCUCCUCUGUUGCAUUUGUGUUGGACCUUUGUUUUUUUUUGUUUUUUUUAAAAUGUGCAACAUGUUUCUCCUGAUGAAAAUCUUUUUGGCGGUUGCAACAUGUUUUCCCUCCAACCAAGAAGAACAAAGCUUCUUUUCUGAGUCGUAAACAGAUGAACCCCUCUUGUUUUAUUAAUGCUACCACAUGUAUGAGAGCUCAACAUGACUUGACUCAAAGUGAAGGAUCUCUUGCCAUCUGGUGGUCUGCUGUGUGUACUACACAUGCUUCAAGCUUAAUAUUUGUAAAAGUAGCUUAUGGCAUUGGUCAUUAGACGGAAUCAUUUUUCAUCCCAAAUAUAACUUCAUGUCAAAAGACUUUUGGAAAUGAAAAAUAAAUGUGUCACUGUAUUUGCUAACA